CAUACUUGACGUCCCUUGUAAACCGCAAAUGAAUAUUGAAUCUGUGUAGCCUUAAGUCACAGAUGCGAAUCAGCGUAUUGCUGCGGAUACUGCAAGCGGUUGAAUUUACAACUGUGGACAACAGAAGGGGAUCAUACAAGCGGUUCGUGGAAGCAUUUUUUUUAUGACAAUAGCUCACCAGUUCAUAACACGUUAGUAUGAUGACGUUUUAGUCUGAAAUACUGCUAACAACUUCUGGAGGGGAUACUGAUCACCGCCCAUUGCAAGAAUACUGAUACUUACCUGUGUGAAACACAUAAACCAAUGCAAGAUAUUUGGCACCUGGAAUAUUGAACCCCUACGAGGUACCCGGUUACAGUUUAGGAAACAGCCGAACACAAACAAGGUACCCGGUACAGUUCAGGAACACCCGAACCCUUGAAGGUACCCGGUACAGUUCAGGAAACACCCGAACCCUUGAAGAUACCCGGUACAGUUCAGGAAACAGCCGAACCCUUGAAGGUACCCAUUACAGUUGAGGAAACAUGAGAACUCCAACAAGGUACCCAUUACAGUUCAGGAAACAUUAGAACUUUUACAAGUUACUCGUUACAGAUUAGAGAACCACGUCAAGGUACCUGAAGCAAACAACCUAAACCACUUGAGUUCCAGGGAUAGAAAAGCUUCCCGGUGUUCACCGUAGGCAACUGAAGUGUCCUGUUCCAUCGUGGACAACAGAAUUGACUUUUUGUUCAAAAAGAGAUAUGUUUGAAGUGCGAGAUAUGGCUACACAUGGCUGGUUGUUGAUACUGUACUACGUAUUUCAAAUAUCACAGACAAGUGGCCUGGCGAUAACAGAAUUUCCCGGAACUCUCAAAUAUGACGAAGCUAUCACUUUCUGCCAGUCUCAGGGCAUGAGACUUCCGGUUUUGACGUCACCCUAUUCUCAGAGCCUCGCUUUGGCAGCCCUCGGACCAUCACCGGAAAGCCAAUACUGGAUCGGACUCGACUAUAAGACGGGCGACUUCCGGUGGGCAGACAACUCGCCCCUGUGUUGGAAGAACUGGUUUGUAAGUUCCGCUGCAGAACCUAAUAACCUCGACAGCGAGCUGUGUGUUGCUAUGAGAGGAUCAGGUUCCGCGCCGGGGGCGUGGCUCACUAAGAACUGUGCUACCAAAUAUGGUGUGUUGUGUGAAAUAGGAAAGGCUUCUAAAUUUUCUGGCACAUCUGGCUAUUAA